AUGGCCAACAAUGUUCUCCUAAAGAUACUGGAUAAUAACAUGCUAACCGGACCCAACCUUAAGGAUUGGCUAAGAAAUCUCAUAAUCGUUCUAGAUUUCGAAAGGAUUGCUUAUGUCUUGGAAGCACCUCUUCCAGUUGAUAUUGGACCGGAUGCUUCACAAGCUGAGCGUGAUGCUUUUGAAAAAGCUCUACAAGAGUUGUAUAGCGAAAAUCCAAAAGUGGUUGAGUAUGAGUUAUGUGCAUCCUUCUUUAGCAUGAAGUUGAGGGAAGGGGUACCUCCAGAUGAUCAUACUAUUAAGAUGAUCAAUGGAUUAGGUCGACUGGAUGGAUAUGGGGUGGUCAUGUUAGACCGCCUUAAAGUGAAUUUGAUUCUUCAAUCCAUUCCUUCAAGUUAUAAACUGUUUAUAACUAACUACAAUUUCAAUAGGAUUGAGCAAAACCUCUCUGAAUUGUUAAAUGAGCUUAAAGAAUUUCAUAGGAAGAAUGUGAAAGGGAAAUGA